AUGUCAUCUUAACUUAUGUUCCUUUCUUCAUAAUCACCUUUUUCUCUCAUUCCCAUUUUAACACUACUAAUAUUCUUCAACCAUUUUCCAUCUUUAAAUCUCUCUUUUUUUCUUGGAAAAAAAAAAAAAAACAAAAAACCACAAGAGCGCUUUCACACUCCACCCAUUUGAAAAAAGCUCUACAGUUUUUUUUUUUUUUUGGUGACAGAUUUGUGUAGAAACUGGAAACCCCACACUCUACAGUGAAAACCCAAUUAGGGUUUCUUGAAAAAAAAAGUUCAUUUAUUGAGAGAAACAGUACAUUUUAUUAGUUUUUGUGUGAUUUUCUUGAAAAAAAAAAAAAAAAAGGUUGUGUGGGUUUUCUUGAUGGUAAUGGUAAUAUGAGCAAAAAGGGUAUAAUUAGAAGAUCGAAAGUUAGUAUCUUUACAAAUGGGUGUAGCCAAAUUGUGGAGAUAUAAUUAUAAUUAUAAUAAUAUUAAUAUUAAUAAUCUGGCCACGUGGCAUUUGGUGUUUUCUUGUACGCCGUCGUAUGGGGCGGCGGUGGCGUCUAGGCGGCCGAUUAGAUGGACAGCUAUUUGUGGAUUUAUGCUGUUUGCUUUGGGGUUGAUUUCACUCUUUACUGGACACGUGGCAUCUAAUCUUGAAUGGUAUUCUCAGAGACUUGUUAAACGAGCUUGGUUCUAUAAACUGGAUGGAAAUCAUCGUGCAUCGAUUGACAUUUGGAAAUCAAGGUAUUCAAGUUUUUACUACGGAUGCAGUGAGAGAGGCCCUCAUUUUUCUUCCGCUGAGCGUGAGCGAUCUUCAAAUGGAUAUCUGCUUAUUGCAACUAGUGGAGGUCUCAACCAACAAAGAACCGGCAUAACUGAUGCUGUUGUUGUUGCACGGAUUCUCAAUGCCACUUUAGUUGUACCUGAAUUGGAUCAUCAUUCAUUUUGGAAGGACAAAAGUGACUUUUCCAACAUUUUUGAUGUUGGUUGGUUCAUCUCGUACCUCGCAAAGGAUGUCACAAUUAUUAAAAGGGUUCCAGAGAAGGUCAUGAUGUCAAUGGAAAAACCCCCAUAUACCAUGCGAGUUCCUAGAAAAUCGGAGCCUGAAUAUUACUUGGAGCAAGUAUUGCCUAUACUCUUAAGAAGACGGGUCCUUCAGUUGACAAAGUUUGACUAUCGACUUGCUAGUGACCUCGACGAAGAGCUACAGAAAUUACGUUGCCGUGUGAAUUAUCACGCCUUAAGAUUCACGAAACCUAUAAGGAAUCUUGGUCUGAAACUUGUAUUGCGUAUGCGAAAGAAGGAAAAACGUUUCAUUGCAGUUCACUUGAGGUUUGAACCAGAUAUGUUGGCAUUCUCUGGCUGCUACUACGGUGGCGGUGACAAGGAAAGAUAUGAACUGGGUGAGAUAAGAAAACGAUGGGCUACUUUACCUGAGUUGAGCCCUGAUGAAGAGCGAACACGAGGGAAAUGCCCACUAACACCUCAUGAAGUAGGGCUUAUGUUGCGGGCUCUUGGCUUCAAAAAUGACACGUACCUUUACGUUGCAUCUGGGGAAAUAUAUGGUGGAGAGAAAACUCUGCAGCCUCUAAGAGAGCUGUUCCCAAACUUUUAUACCAAAGAGAUGCUUGCUGGUGAAGAACUUCAACCCUUUCUCCCUUACUCUUCUCGUCUUGCUGCAAUUGACUACAUCGUAUGUGAUGAAAGUGAUGUCUUUGUCACUAACAAUAACGGGAACAUGGCGAAGAUCCUCGCUGGUAGAAGGAGGUACAUGGGGCACAAGAGGACAAUCAGACCAAAUGCGAAAAGGCUCAGUGCAUUGUUCAUGGCUCGGGAUAAGAUGGAUUGGUCCACAUUCUCUAGAAAAGUCAAAUCAUGCCAAAGAGGCUUCUUGGGAGAACCUGAGGAAAUGAAACCAGGCCGUGAGUUCCAUGAAUUUCCAUCGUCAUGUAUCUGUAAGAAACCAUUCAAUUUUUCUAACGUCACAAGCAAAGAGAAGUAUCAGAUUUCAAGAAGGAAUCCAACUGUCUUGGAGUCAAGAUAUAGGUACCUAUCCAAUAGCAGUAAUCUGGAACAGAAGAGCUCUCAGAAAUUUAGAAAAGGGAGCUUGAGAGAAGGGCACGGAUCAUUAAUAGAUGAGAUUGACCCUGAUAAUCCAUUAUCUGACUAAAAUAAAUACCAUUAGUAGGUUAUUAGGUUAGCGAGCAUUGUUAUGGUUAUCUUGUCCUCUCCAACAUGCUGCCAUUUUCCCUUGAUACUUCAGAAAGCUGAAGUUUCAGUGCUAGGUAGCAUCUUCAAUGCUCAAGUUUUCCGAUCUUUGCUGCUUUUGUACAGCAAAUCUGUAACUUCUGUUAAUCUGCAAUUGUUCAUAUACUUUGUGCAAGAUAGGACCGUAGGGAGAGUGAAAUGUUGUGUUGCUGGGUCGAAGAUAUAUAUCAGCAGUUUCGUUCAGUAUGUUCGUUUA